GAUCAUUCUUUCAGACUAUACAUUUUUUGAUAAUAUGGCAGGAAAAAAUAUUUUAAUCAAGGUUACUAGUGACACUCAUUGCCCAUGGUGUUUUAUUGGUAAACGACGAUUGGAAAAAGCGAUAGAGAUAUUCAAGACAACUCAUCCAGGAACUACAUUUGAAGUGACAUGGUUCCCUUUUCAACUUGAACCCCAGUUAUCACGAGAACCUAUUCGCAAGCAAGAAUUUUUCCCUCGUAAAUUUGGAGCUGUUCGAUUUCAACAAAUGACAACUAUGACCAAGGCUGUAGGCCAACCCUUAGGCAUUCAAUUUAGCUAUGAAGGAGUUGUGAGCAACUCGUUAGAUUCUCAUCGUUUGAUUCAUUGGUCUAAACAAUUCAACAACAACAAGCAAAAUCAAGUGGUAGAAGAACUAUUCAAACUCUACUUUGAACAAGAUCAAGAUUUGUGUGACUUUAAUGCUUUGGCAGACGCCGCUGAACGUGCUGGUUUGGAUCGCAGCAAAACCCUUGCUUUCUUAUCUUCAGGCGAUGAUACGAAUGUAGUCAAACAACUUAUAUUGGAUGGUCAACGACAUGGUGUCAAUAGUGUCCCUCAUAUUGAAAUCAAUGACAAGUAUACACUUUCUGGUGCUCAAGACCCUGAAACAUUUAUCCAAGUAUUUGAAAAAGUAGUCUUAGAAUCACAGUAAUUACAUAAUUUAGAGAUAUAAAUAAAAAUUUACUAU